UGUUAGGAUGUCUUGCAAAUGGGGGGAAUACAUCAGGAACUGCUGAACAACCAGAUUGAACACGUGUGCCAUGCAGGGCGCAUGGCUCAGCCUUCCUUGUCGCAGAGCAGACGAGAUGUUCUUCCCGUUGUCAGUCACCAUGGUUUCCAGUUUUCAUGGAGUAAGCCAUGAUUCGAUUUCUUGAUGAAUGACUUUUAGCAGUUCCUUCCCUGUGUGACUCCGUUUGCCAAGGCAAACCAUGUGAAGAACAGCUUGACACUGCCGUGCCCUGCACAAAUGGUAUGCUGGAGGGGCACUGAGACUUGUCUGUGCAGUGGAGGAUGAGGACACGAUGGAGGAUGAGGAGGCGGAGUCGCACACUGUCAGCGAGAGCGAGAGUGUGGAGGAGGAAGCGGUGUGACCUGUCCAAGUUGCUGUUGUGGCUGUGCAGAAACCACAUUCACCCAGUGAGCGUAAAAGACAUGUAUUGUCCCUGACCAUAGUUAAAGCUCCACACGUCGGCGCUGCCGUGCACUUUUGAACACAUCGACAGGCUCAAGGACUGGACCACCUUCUCUUCCACAAAAUUGUGCAGGGCUGGUACUGCCUUCUUCACAAAGAAAUGACGGCUUGGGACUCUCCACCUCGGCUCGGCACAAGCCAUCAAUUCUCUGAAAGGUGCAGAGUCCACCAUUUGAAAAGGGAGGGACUGCAACACCAGCAACUUGGACAGGAGCACAUUCAACUUCUGCGCCGUUGGAUGAGUGGGUGCAUACUGUUGUCUCUUGGACAUGGCUUGGCGGAUGGAUUGCUGACGGAAUGGCUGAGUAAAAGUGGGAGAAGCAGGAGCAUCUGGAGCGACAGAAGGAGGGUAUGACACACAGCUCCCUUCGGCUGAGGUGGUGGAGCCUUGGCUGGAUGAAGGAGGGAGCGGAUGGCCACUGGGUGAUGCAGCAGGCUGGACCACUACAUCGGAGCCAUGGUUCUCCCAGGCCGCUUUAUGGUGGUGAAGCAUGUGUUGACGCAGGGCCGUGGUGCCAACAUUGGGACCCUGGCCAUGCUUCACCUUCUGCUGACAGAUCUUACAUGUGGCUAUGUGAAGCUCCUCCUGAUGCUUGAAGAAAAGCUGCCAGACCGCCGAGUAGCUGAUUUUCCUACCAACAGUCCGCACUAAUUGACUGCUACUGCAGGAACCCCUGUUCCACUACCUCCCGGGAAGGUAGGCUUUCCGCGAAGCAGGCUGUCUCCCCGGGGCAUGUUUGGCUCCAGAAUUUCCACUUCUGCCACCAUGCUGACUGCCAACCAUGCUCCCACCCUCCUGGCUCUGCUGCUGCCUCAAGAGCAACCUGCAACUCUCUUCUCCUGAUGAUGAUGAAGCCCCUUCUGCAUCCGGCUCCCAAUUGCGAUCGGCUUCAUCAUCAUCAUCAACAAGUGUCUGCACGUCACUGAUGUCCUCCUCAGGUUCCUCAACAGUGUCUACUGAACCCUGGCAACACCACCUCUCAAGCUACUCUCCUUAUCACUACUUGGCCGCCUAGCGGGGAAAGCAGCUCAUGUCUCCUCCACUUCUUGGCUGGGUAGUAGCUGCUGACGGUCCUCUAUUAGAUCGUCCUCAGUGAAUAGUGGAGCUGAACAGCAUAAGAUACUUCUAUAUGAGAGGGAACAGCAUAGGACAGAGGCAAUGUGAGGACAGGGACUGCUCCCGGGCCACACCAACUGAGGGUUGUAUCUGAGGAGCCCACCCACUGUUGACUGGGGGUGUCAGAUGUUACUUGUGAUGAAGGUGGCUUCUACAGUAUACGGCGUAUACUCCCCCCCGACAGCUGCUUCAUGGAAAGUCCAAGACGAAGCGAAAGCAAAAUCUGGAAGAAGCAAUGAGUGGAGCAAAUGGGCGGAGAAAGCUAGAGGAGGGAGCGAGAGGACGGGGACACAGAGCCAGAGACGGUGACACAGGGAGCGGACCGAGGAGCUGGGGAGACGUCUUCGUUCCUGGCAGGAGAUCAGUUCCUAAGGGGUUAACCCUCGGCGUGUCGAGAUGCAGGCUCCGGGAUCUUUCGCCUUAUUCCUCUUAUUCGUAUUGGAGCUGACCCCGCGGCCGGGUUACUCACAACAAGGAGGCGGUUUUCUCAAAAAUUGUCCAAAAUGUAUAAAAUUUCUUAAAGUAGAAGAUAUGACGAUACAGAUCUUUGAGCUGCUGGUUCAAAAGGCGACUCCUAAAGAAUGCCAUACCAACUAUAUUGAAUUUCAGCUACCAAGAGGAAUUAUCUGUGGUGACAAAAUUAACUCAUGGGUAGGAGAGGUCAUCAAGUGCAUUGACCAAGGUAGAACCCCUUGUCUACCCACAACCACCCAAAAAUUCCCAACGUCUUCAACCAAUACAGCUCCCCCCUUUAGACUGUCCACACAGACAUGGACGGGAGGGACAUCAAUACCUUCAAAGACAACUAUAGAAGAGCUUAGUACACAGAAAUAUCCAGAGACAACCAUCCGUCUCACCACUACUGGACCUGAUUCAGAUCAGAAGAAGGACCCACUACAUGGUAAUGGACCUUCAUCCGAAAAAGACGACGUGAAGAGCAAAAUGAGUCAAAUGACGAUAACCAUUAUUUCAUUACUGCUCAUCGUCCUGGUGAUGACCGCCGCCGGGGUCUACGUUUGGUGCCGGAAGGGAAGUUUCCCGCAUUGUAAAAGACAUUGUGUGGAAGAAACCGUGAGAUAUGAACCGACACCCUCAGAAGAUUCCAUAGGCCCAUGAAGCCUAGACCAUUCUAGAACAUUAGACUAAGUCUACAAGACAUUAUUGCCGAUUGGGUCCGGGACAUCUUGCAAGCCCAUCCCCUUGUAGUUGCGUAAGACUGUGCUUUACUAAUCCUUAGUCAUAGGAAAGUUAAGACUAGGUCGGCUCAGAGGGCCAGUUAACACUGUGAGGUCUCAUCAGCGGCCACAGGACCAGUUAUGUGUCCGAAGGAGCAGCUCUCUCUGCCUCUAACAUAGCAGGAAGUCUCAGCACCAUCUUAAGAAAACUAGUUUUCUUACCAGAAACGGGACAAAUCCAUUCAUUACCCCCUCCAGCAAUCUCAUGAGGGUCGAUAAGGACACUCAAAUGUAUCAUUGGUCUACAACCUUCUUAAAGACGCACGGACCAAGACGUCUCACCACCCUCUGAGGAGAUGUCUCCUGGUCCGUAGGCCACAGUCUAGAUCUAAUUCUUUCCUUAUCUAAGCCCGAUGUAAGUGAAACCAUGUUGAAGAACUGGAUGGUCCUCUUAGAACCUGAAACCAUCCAACCUCAAAUGUAUCAUUGGUUUACAACCUUCUUAAAGCCGUACAAACCAAGACGUCUCACCACCCUCUGAGGAGAUGUCUCCUGGUCCGUAGGCCACAGUCUAGAUCUAAUUCUUUCCUUAUCUAAGCCCGAUGUAAGUGAAACCAUGUUGAAGAACUGGAUGGUCCUCUUAGAACCUGAAACCAUCCAACCUCAAAUGUAUCAUUGGUUUACAACCUUCUUAAAGCCGUACAAACCAAGACGUCUCACCACCCUCUGAGGAGAUGUCUCCUGGUCCGUAGGCCACAGUCUAGAUCUAAUUCUUUCCUUAUCUAAGCCCGAUGUAAGUGAAACACUCAGAGGGUCAGUAAACACUGUGAGGUCUUAUCAGCGGCCAAAGGACCAGUUCUGUGUCCGGACACUCAGAGAAGCAGCUCUCUCUACCUCUUACAUAGCAGGAAGUCUCAGCACCAUCUCAAGAAAACCAGUUUUCUUACCAGAAAUGGGACAAAUCCAUUCAUCACCCCUUCCAAGAAUCUCAUGAGGGUCAAUAAGGACACCUACAUGUAUCAUUGGUCUACAACCUUCUUAAAGACGCACGGACCAAGACGUCUCACCACUCUCUGAGGAGGUGUCUCCUGGUCAGUAGGCCACAGUCUAGAUCUGAUUCUUUCCUUAUCUAAGCCCGAUGUAAGUGAAACCAUGUUGAAGAACUGGAUGGUCCUCUUAGAACCUGAAAUCGUCCAACCUCAAAUGUAUCAUUGGUUUACAACCUUCUUAAAGACAUACAGGCCAAGACGUCUCACCAUCCUCUGAGGAGGUUUCUCCUGGUCCGUACGCCACAGUCUAGAUCUAAUUCUUUCCUCAUUUAAGCCCGAUGUAAGUGAAACACUCAGAGGGUCAGUAAACACUGUGAGGUCUCAUCAGCGGCCACAGGACCAGCUCUGUGUCCGGACACUCAGAGGAGCAGCUCUCUCUACCUCUUACAUAGCAGGAAGUCUCAGCACCAUCUCAAGAAAACCAGUUUUCUUACCAGAAACGGGACAAAUCCAUUCAUCACCCCCUCCAGCAAUCUCAUGAGGGUCGAUACAACCUUCUUAAAGCCGUACAGACCAAGAUGUCUCACCACUCUCUGAGGAGGUGUCUCCUGGUCCGUAGGCCACAGUCUAGAUCUGAUUCUUUCCUUAUCUAAGCCCGAUGUAAGUGAAACCAUAUUGAAGAACCGGAUGGUCCUCUUAGAACCUCAAAUCGUCCAACCUGUAGAACAACCCACAUCUUGAGGAAGUGGAUGAUGGUUUCCACCAGCCAUAUCUUCUCAGCAUGGACAUGAAGAAGUUAAUUGUCAAAACGUCUUGCAGGAUCAUAAAUGACUGUACUUCCCUCGUUGCCUAAUGUAGAGGGGAUUUUUUGGGCUCAUAGGACGGGUCUUGUGCCACAAUGACCUCACUGUAGACACUUCUCAUAGUGAAACCAUCGCUUCUUCAUAAAUCUUAUGUUAUCGUCUGAGAAGGGAAAACCGCAAAAUAUACAAUCUACUUAAUGUUUGUUAAAGGGGUACUCCGGUGAAAAACUAUUUUUUCUUUUUUUAAAUCAACUGGUGCCAAAAAGUAAAACAGAUUUGUAAAUGACUUUCUAUUUAAAAUCCUAAU